UAACCUUUGACCUAAAGAAGAUCGCUGAUUCAGUGGGAGGCGCAUCAUGGCUCAGGACAAGAAACUUCCUUACAAAGUUGCCGACAUCGGACUGGCAGAAUUUGGCCGUAAGGAGAUCAGACUUGCGGAGCAGGAGAUGCCGGGACUGAUGGUGAUGAGAAAGAAGUACGGACCGGACCAACCGCUGAAAGGGGCGCGGAUCGCCGGCUGUCUGCACAUGACCAUUCAGACAGCAGUCAUGAUCGAGACACUUACAGACUUAGGAGCACAGGUCCAGUGGUCGAGCUGUGACAUCUUCUCCACCCAGGACCACGCGGCGGCCGCCAUCGCUAAAACUGGCGUCCCGGUGUUCGCGUGGAAGGGGGAGACGGAGGAGGAGUUUGUCUGGUGCAUCGAGCAGACGCUGGUGUUUCCUGACGGACAACCUCUCAACAUGAUCCUGGACGAUGGCGGAGAGCUGUGCAACCUCAUACAUCAAAAAUACCCACAAUACCUUGCAGGUAUCCGGGGGAUCUCAGAGGAGACUACAACAGGUGUGCAUAAUCUACACAAGCUGACUGCUGCGGGGGAACUCAAGAUACCUGCCAUCAAUGUCAAUGACUCUGUUACCAAGAGUAAGUUUGAUAACCUGUACGGAUGUCGAGAGUCGCUCCUGGACGGGAUCAAACGUGCGACAGACGUGAUGGUUGCGGGGAAGGUCGCCGUGGUGGCGGGGUACGGGGACGUGGGGAAGGGCAGCGCGCAGGCCCUGCGGGGUCUGGGCGCUCGUGUCCUCAUCACUGAGGCUGAUCCAAUCAACGCUCUACAGGCAGCGAUCUCAGGAUACGAGGUGACCACAAUGGAGGAGGCCUGUAGGGUAGGGAAUAUUUUUGUCACCACGACGGGUAACAAGGACGUCAUCCGUGGCGAGCACAUCUUACAGAUGAAGGAGGACGCCAUUCUGGCCAACAUCGGACACUUCGACUGCGAGGUCGAUGUCCAGUGGCUGAACAAGAACGGCCAGAAAGUCAACAUCAAACCUCAGGUUGACCGUUACACCCUCCCUAACGGCCGGCAUGUCCUGCUACUGGCCGAGGGCCGGCUGGUCAACCUGGGCUGUGCCAUGGGUCAUCCCAGCUUCGUCAUGAGCAUGUCCUUCACUAACCAGGUACUGGCACAGAUGGAGCUGUGGAACAGGGCUGACCAGUACAGGGGCGUGCACAGGCUGCCCAAGAAGCUGGACGAGGAGGUAGCUGAGCUGCACCUGGAGCACCUGGGAGUAAAACUGACCCGUCUGUCUGAGGACCAGUCCCAGUACCUGGGGGUCCCUGUAGAAGGACCUUACAAAGCUGAGUUUUAUAGAUACUAACUUUUGUAGGGUUGGACAUCACUGACAGUCCAGGAGAUAGAAAGGAGAUAUAGAAUUUUUCUUUCUUUGGACUGGUUGGGUAUGUAAAUUUUUCAUUCAGCAUUUUCAAAAAUAUAAAAUUAUGCAAAAUCAUGUAUUCCUUAAAAUAUGGAAAUAAUUUUUAUCCUUCAGAUGCAUAUUUUCAUUAUGCUAUGAUACCUUCUGGUGCCUUAUGGUGCUAUUAUAUAUAGCACUCAAAAGAUUUUCAUUUAAAGAUUGUGCUGCGUUGUAUGAAUUACUACGUAGUAUUACAUGACUGAGUCAUGAUAACAAAUGAAAGGUGAGAAUUGUUCUUCAAAUUGUAAGGAGAGGAGAGGGUGCUAAUUAUAUAUCAUAAAGUACAAUGUAUAUUCUUAUAAUUUUAUGUUACUAACAAUGGACUAUUCAUUGUAAGGCCACACCAAGUAAAUUUUAUGGAUGACGUCCUUUGAAGACCCUAAAUCUAAUGUGAGAGGGCGAAAAAAAACCA